GGACUCUCGCAGCGCCCAAUUCGAACGACACGACGCGCCGACGGCUGACGCACGUUGAGCUGGAGAGCAUUUGAACUGAUUCCAGCGUACGAGCGCGCGCUUAUAGAGCCCGAGGCAGUUCUCGAUUCUUGUCCAAUAGUCUUUUUGCAAGCGCAGCUUUGAGCGAGGAGCUUGAAUUCGUCGAGAGCUUGAAUCCGUGGGCUGCGCGCGAUCCCUCCUCCUUCCAUAUCCGCAGCGUGGAGUGGAGAUCAAUUCGGCGAAACUGGAAUGAGAUCGGCGCGAGAAACGAGCACUUGACAAUUGGACGACGAUGACGAUGUAGACCGCUUCACUCUCAGAAGAUGGUCUAAAUUCUCCGCUUUGCGACGACGAAGAAGAGAGUCGAUUCCUCAGCGGUGUCUGCUAUCGAUAGCUGCUGCCGAAUGGUUCGGACGACGACGACCUCCAUCGAUUGCGAUUCUCGAGCUCUCCUCUCGAUUCUUUCCGACCGACCGACGGACGCAGGAGAUUGUGGACGAGGAUGGCGUCGUCUGCGUCGACUGAUGCUCUGAACAAUUCGCCAAUGCCCGCUCCAAUGGCAUGGCGUGGCAAAUGCAUCGAGAGCUCGGUGGGAUUUCUCGCCACAAUGCUCGUACUGUGGUGGAAGGGCCCUUUGGCCUCCGCCAUUUACCUCGUGCUCGUCGCCUGGUCUUUCACAAUCUACGAGGCGGCUCGUGCGGCUCAGACUACUCCGAGUACGAGGCCGACCACGACUACGACACCAACCACAUCCGGUGCUGGAACUUCGACCCGCCCCCGCGGUCAGCAGCGAAUCCCGAGAGGAGACGGGGCUGGAACCCCUACCCACAGCCAAGACUUACCUCGUUCGGCGUACACCGCGAGGGCUGACGUCGGGCUCGGUCCCGCCGCUGCGGCACUGAUGGACGGAAUUGUCGGGGUCGGAGCUCCGGCCGAACCGUCGACUUUAACCCCGCGGUCCAGGCGUAGGAGGUGGGUGUCCCAGAGGCCGCUCACUCCGAUCGCGAGCAUUGCCAAGCCUUGCCACGCGGCGGCCGACCGCUACGUCUCGCCCAGGAGACCGCUCGCCCCGGUCGACGCGCAGCGGCGACAGAACGCCCGUCCGCACGCGCCGUCGGGACCGGCAGCCGCCAGUCUAGGGCCGCUGCCUUCGCUGCCGAAGCCGUGGCCUCGGUCGUCGGCGGAUCGGUCUAGCCCGUCGCUUCGCCAGCCAUCAUCCUGUUGCUCGCGCAGCGCAUGUCCGCAUUUUCCAGUCUGACCGGCAGAUCCAGCGAAAAAUUGGAUGACACGCCCCAAUCCAUAAGGCUGCUGUGGUGAAUGAGGCAAUCUUCACUAACAUCACAUUGUUAAGCACAGACACACCCGCUCCAGCCGAUGAUUGUUGAGCUCACGAGGACGACUUCAUGAUUUGGCAUUUGGCUACAUAUGGUGUGGCCGCCUUCCCUUUUUGAGUAGGACCACUGCCACCAACAACUGCGCUUUAUUCUGGCGGGUUCUGAAAGCAAUCGUACAGAGAGUCUUCGGAUGCGUGGGAUUGUUGCCUUGUCAUACGAACAAAUUCUACAAAUGUGUGAGAAGUCAACAGGCACAAUCUCCCACGAGAGUUAGUGACAGCUCCUGAGAGUCCUCCAGAAGCGACACAAUUGUAACGUGAACUGGAAUAUUGCUUCAAACCUGUUCCCAAAGUUUGGAACCUCAAAUGCCAUGAGAAAUCUGUGGAAGCAGCGAAGGGCUUGCUAUCCUUUUCGGACUUUGGUAUUCUUGGCUUUAAUCGGAAAUAAUAUCAGAAAUUUGAAGAAAAAAAGUCCAUUUUCC